AUGGCAAUUCUUUCUCUCCUCCUCUUGUUCUCCUCCGCCGUCGUCGCCGUCGAUUAUGGCUUCACCGUCGAAUUGAUCCACCGAGAUUCUCCCAAUUCGCCGCUGUUCAACCCCUCGGAGACCCACUACCACCGCCUCACUAAUGCCCUCCGCCGCUCCAUCAGCCGGCACGCGGCGGCGCCGGCGGCGGACGUUGCGGAGGCGCCGAUGUAUAACAACAGAGGCGAGUAUCUCAUGAAGCUAUCCCUCGGAACGCCGCCGUUUCCGAUCAUGGCCAUUGCCGAUACCGGAAGCGACAUCGUUUGGAGCCAGUGUGCGCCGUGCACUCGGUGCUACACGCAGUCAGCGCCGAUGUUUGACCCGAGAAAAUCGGCGACUUAUAAACAAAUCCUCUGCUCCUCGCCGAUUUGCCCGUUCUCCGGAACCGACUCUUGCCCGGUUCGGUCUGACCAGUGUGAGUACUCGAUUAAUUACGGCGAUGGGUCCCACAGCCGCGGCGACAUUGCUGUCGACACCGUGACGCUGGGGUCCACCUCCGGCCGGCCGGUGGCUUUUCCUUGGACCGUGUUCGGCUGCGGCCGUGACAGUGCCGGAACCUUUAAUGCGAAUGUCUCCGGCAUAGUGGGGCUCGGCCACGGCGUCGUGUCGCUGGUCUCGCAGAUGGGGGCGGCCACCGCCGGGAAAUUCUCUUACUGUUUAGCUUCGAUCGGUUCCGAUUCGAUCCGUUCCAGCAAGCUCAGCUUCGGCGCUAAUGCUGUUGUCGCCGGCGCCGGAACUGUCUCCACCCCUAUUUAUACAGCCGAUGGUCCGUUCUAUCGGCUCAAGUUGGAAGCUAUGAGCGUUGGGAAUAACAAAAUCACGUUUUCGACCGCGUCUUCGUCACCCGGAGAUGCAAACAUCAUCAUCGACUCCGGCACCACCGUCACGUUACUCCCACCGGAUUUCUACGCCGACUUUGGCACCGCAGUUUCCGACGGGAUCAAUCUCGAGCGCGUGAGAGACCCGAACCAAUUUCUAGACUUCUGCUUCCAGUCGACGGCCGACGACUUCGACGCGCCGUCCAUCACGGUGCACUUCGAAGGCGGGGACGUGAAACUGAGCCGGGAAAAUGUGUUCAUAAGGAUGGCGGACGACGUCGUUUGCUUGGCCUUCGUCAGCGCCCCCCAAAACGGCGGCGUUUCCAUCUACGGCAAUAUUUUGCAGACCAACUUCUUGAUCGGUUACGAUACUCAGAAAAUGGCUGUCUCCUUCAGGCCGGCGGAUUGCGCCGCCAUGUGA